CGACGGGCCAGCCACGCGGACGACCGCUCAAGCACGGGGGCGUGCUGCUUCAGCGCAGUCGGUCUCGAGAGGUUUCAAAAGGAUCGGUGGUGUACGACCGACCUAUUUACUUUCCCUUCGAUCCUCCAUUCGCCGCAUGUCUUCCUGUUGAGCUUGUUUCGCUGCCAUACCAUCACGCAGAGCUAUGAACGUUCAAUGAAAACGCUGCACAAUACAUCUCCGUUCACCCUGCUCGACUUCGCACUCGUUUAACUUCACCAUGAUCGAAUUUCAAUUGCCGCCUAGUGUGCAGAACGUCCUAGACCGUCUCCCCUCUCCCUACAUCCUCUUACCCGGCCUCUUCGUCAUAUACCAGGUUGGCUCCUACACGUAUGGAUUCGUUCGCAACCUUCGCGCCGCCCAGCGUUCGGGAAUCCCCUACAUUUGGGCCCCUUGGUACGGUUUCGACCGGAAGUUUCUCGCAACGGAGCCGCUUUGGUGGCCUAUUGCCUCACGACUCUUUCCGAACGCGAAGUGGCUGUACAUGAUACGUGCCGACUGGAGCUGGUACUACCGGCGCGCGCCCUUCGAAGCUGUCGGCUCGGACACCGUAAUAAUGGUCAACUACUAUAAGAAUCUGAUGUGCACGUGCGACGCAGAUGUCAUCAGCCAGAUUUGCGCGAGGCGCAACGAUUUCCCCAAGCCGAUUGAGGUGUACGCCAUCAUGGACAUAUACGGCAAGAACGUAGUCACUGUGGAGGGUUCUGAGUGGCGGCGCCACCGGAAGAUCACUGGCGCACAAUUUAACGAGAAGAGCAAUUCGCUGGUGUGGAAAGAGUCGCUGUUUCAGGCGCAAGAGAUGAUGCGAUGCUGGAAAGAGGGCAUCGCAGGGGGCGACAGAGUGGUCGAUGCGGGACGGAAAGGCAAUGUAGACGAACCAAGCGUUAUUUACGAGCUGAGCCGCGAUGCAAUGAAAAUGACUCUAGGAGUCAUCAGCCGCGCAGGUUUUGGCGUACGCUGUCUCUGGCCAUCAGCAGAUGGCAAAGCCGAGGAAGACGCUCACGAAGGUGCUAUGAGCUCAACUACUGUUCCUCCCGGACACGUUAUGAGCUACGUAGACAGCCUUGAAACGUUGUUACACCACCUCAUCGCUGUCUUACUGCUUCCGCAGUGGUUUCUGAAAUUCUCACCGUUCAAAAUUUUCCGGAAAAUUGGCCUUUCCUUCACCGAAUGGGGCAAAUACAUGGAAGACUUGUAUUUCCAGCAGUUGGAGGCAGCCAAAACAGGAGAAUCGUCCAGCAGCGAAAACGACGGUCUUGAUCUUAUGGGCGCCAUGGUCCGCAGCGCAACUUCGUCCAAGUCCAAAAUGCCCGGUCUUAGCCAGUCCGAGAUCCUAGGGAACUCUUUCGUCAUGUUUCUCGCAGGUCAUGAGACAGCUGCGAACAGCAUUCAUUUCGCUGUGCUUUUCCUGGUAUGUCGGCCAGAUGUGCAGCGCAAGCUUCAAGCCGAGCUUGAUGAGAUAUUCAAGGACGCUCCUGCCGAUCCCAAGGAUUGGGACUACGAAACUUACCUCCCCAAGCUGUUUGGUGGAUGGGCCGGUGCUAUAAUGAACGAACAGUUGAGGGUUCUUCCCCCUGUGGUCGACAUUCCCAAGAGUACGAGUCCGCAUCUACCCCCGCAGCCAAUCAAAGUCAACGGCAAGGACUGCGUGAUUGCCCCGGGCACAGGCAUUAAUCUGAACAGCAUAUGUGUACAUCGGAAUCCGAAGUAUUGGCCUGCCGGACCUCAAAGACCAGAAGGUCCGUUCCAUCCCUCUAACACGACGAACGACUUGGAGGAAUUCAAGCCCGAGAGGUGGUUCGUGAAGGGAACCAAGGAAGAAGCCAGCGAGAAACUACAGCAGGAUGCGGACAAAGAUACCGGCGUAGAUCUUAGUCCAGAUACUGCUGACAGCAUGUUUCGACCGCCCAAGGGAGCGUAUAUACCAUUCAGUGAAGGAUUUCGGGCUUGUCUCGGCAGACGCUUCGCUCAGGUUGAGAUUCUUGCAACGCUCGCAGUGAUAUUCAAGGAACACUCAGUCGAAGUAAUGCCGGAGGAAGGCGAAGACGCCAUCAAGGCCAUGAGUAAAGCUGAGCGAAGAAAAGUGUGGGAUAGGGAACGGCGAGAGAUCGAGCGGAAAAUCAACGAAGAGUCGAGGACCGUGAUUACGCUGCAAAUGAGAGGUGAGCCCGUUAAGCUUCGAAUCUGUAAGCGAGGACAGGAGCUGUUUGAUGUUUGAUUGUAUGUGCAGUGGGUGUAAACAUUUAGUCGCAUAUGUUACUUUUAUGUUACUUUGCCCACAACAAAAAUCCUUUCCUCUAUCCCCGAGUGUCCUCGUCGGUGAUCCGCGGGUUUCGGAAAUGCAUAGAUAGAAGGGAGGUCUACUAGUCCGGAGCGAUACAGCUCCUGUAGAAAAUACUAUGUUCUCAUCAAAAGAUAUAGCAUGUACAAUGUAAUGAC